UAAACGCUUCUCAUUUCAGACUCGGCUGAAGGACGAGCGGUGUUACUGAGAAUAUUGUUAUUGAUCAGUUUUUUAAAAUGGCGUCUCCCACAUUACCUGAGGGAUUCAGUGAUUUCGACAUGUUUGUGUUUGGCUCGGUGCUGCUGGUUGGCGGUUUGCUUGGUUUCUUCCUGAACUUCAUAACUGUGUUGGCCUUCCUGAAUGUGAAGCAGAUCAGGACUCCCAGUAACUUCUUUGUCUUUAGUCUGGCGCUUGCUGAUCUCGGACUCAGCUGUAAUGGUCUGACAUCUGCCUACGCCAGUUACCUCAGAUACUGGCCGUUCGGUCCUGAGGGUUGCCAGAUCCACGCUUUUCAGGGACUUGUGUCCAUCUUGGCAGGAAUCAGUUUUCUCGGUGCUGUAGCGUGGGACCGAUAUCACAUGUACUGCACCAAGCAGAAGAUGUUUUGGAGCACGUCUCUGACCAUGAGCUCCAUCAUGUGGGGUUUGGCCACUCUGUGGGCUGCUCUGCCGUUACGCUUCAUCGGAUGGGGCGUGUUCGACUUCGAGCCCAUGAAUGUAGGCUGCACCCUCGACUACACCAGAGGAGACAGAGGUUACGUCACCUACACGCUGGCUCUCACCGUGCUGUACCUGGCUUUCCCUCUCCUCAUCAUGCACUCCUCCUACUCCUCCAUCUACGCUUAUUUCAAAAAGAUCCACAACUUCAAGUUUAACACAGGUCUACCUGUUAAAAUGCUGCUGCUCUGCUGGGGUCCGUACGUUAUCAUGUGUGUGUACGCCUGCUUCGAGAACACGAAGAUCUUAUCACCUAAACUCCGAAUGGUCCUUCCCGUUCUCGCUAAACUGUCUCCAAUCUUCAACGCUUUGCUGUACGCAUACAGUAACGAGUUUUACAGAGGAGGAAUCUGGCAGUUCCUGACAGGACAGAGACAGGUGGAGAAGAAGAAAUAAAAGUCACGUGUUUGGAAUCAUCAUGAUAAGUUUAACUCGGUGAAGACACAAGGCUACGUUUAGAGAACGGGUUUUAAUUCUAUAAUCUGAUUUAUUAUUGUUCUCACAUUCAUCUGCUGCAUCCGUGUGCGCAAUAAACCAGGAAGUGAAAAUAUCAGGGAUGUGGGCCGGGGCUGGAAUAUUGAAGAGGAGACAGAAGAAGAAGAAGAAGAAGAAGAAGAAGAAGAGCUGUUUUUAUACUCACACUCUGCCUUUAAGUCAAUAAAUGUGUACUGAUUUAUUAAAGCUUCAUUUUUUUCUUCUUUUUAAAAACAAUUCUACGCACUAAAAAAAAAUGUUUCCCAACGUUGGGUUAUUUUUAACUCAGUGCAUUGAGGAAGAUUCUCUACCUAACCUAUUGGGAUAAAAAUGACCCAACUGACUGCUGAGUUAUUAUUAUUAUUAUUAUUAUUAUUAUUAUUAUUAUUAUUAUUAUUAUAGGCAACAACUGGUAUGGAUUCUAUAAACUAUAACUUGGUCAAUGCCUCAUAUAGCAGCCCCGGUUUUACUGAGGUGCAGAAUCAUAAAAUGGAGAAAUCAGGUUUUUAACCCUUUCAACAGUCAAUUAAGGCUCUUUUUUAUAUUUAAGGAAAAAUAUAAAAUGUAAAUCAACUCC